CGGAGGGAAAUGCAGCAACGGAGGUGGUGUUGGUGGUGGCUGUUCACCUUCUGAAACAAACAGGAAGCACACAGAUCUCCUGUCCACCUGCGGGAUCCGUGCUAUUCGUGGAGAGGUUGUCGAGCGGUGUUGUCAGAUACGCGGACUCGCUGUGCGUGAAAGUAGCCUGGCCCACUCCGUCGUGAAGAUAAAGCAGCACUUUUAACUUUCAGCUCUUCUGGCGUGUCCUCUGCGUUUUUAACGACCUCCCAGGAGAAAAUUAAUAAAGAUGCAGUGUCCCAGAAGCUAUCCAGAUCCCCCCAGCCAGGAGCUGAGCCACAGGAAAUAAGUGACUUCAGGAAACUGGUCCUUAUGGUUGAGGUGGUGUUAACUGCCUCUUGCCAUGCCUCCCGCCAUGACAGACCUCCUGGACAUAUGGGCGGCACACUCACCUCUGGCCGGACACGCUCCGGACCAGAUCACUGUGGACUUUCUGCUUCCCACUGGUAUUUAUAUCCAGAUGGACGUUCCACGCGAGGCUACAAUUCAGCACAUCAAACUGCUCUUAUGGAAGCAGGCUCAGAGCUUUCCACUGUUUCCUGCACUCGGCGAAAUGGAGAGCCACAUGUUCGAGUGUGUCAACCAGGCAGCCGUACACGAAGAGCUGGAGGACGAAACACGUCGGUUGUGUGACGUUCGCCCCUUCCUGCCCGUUCUCAAGCUGGUGACGCGCAACUGUGGUCGAGCAGAGCGCCUGUUGGACUCCAAGAUCGGCGUGCUCAUCGGCAAGGGUCUCCAUGAACUUGAUGCCUUAAAUGACCAGGAGGUGAAGGAUUUUCGGAGUAAGAUGUUUCGGAUCAGUGAAGAGAGGAUGCAACAAAUACAAAUGAUGGCAUUCUCGGAGUGGGUGCAGGCCUGCUACUCCCCACAGCUGGAGCCUGCGGCAGUGACUGCGAUCACAGCCGGAGUCAACGAUGCACCGGUGGACCUGAAAGUCAUUAUCCACUUUGACCAGUCCCAGGACUCUGCCAGUCUGAAGGUGUCAUUGUCUUGCACCCCGAAUGAGCUGAUGGAGCAGGCUUUGAAAAAGUGGCUGACCACCCACGGAUCUGAGGACGCGGUAUGGAGGGGUCAGUAUAUACUGAGGGUCAGCCAAUGUUUGGAAUUCCUUGGUGGAGACCAUCCACUGAUUCAAUACAAGUACAUUCGCUCAUGCCUGCAGGCCAAGGAGGCUCCCCACCUCACCCUGGUCCACACCAGCACCGUAAAGACCAUGUUUGACAAGGAAAUCUCAGCCAUUGGAGCUGUGGUUAGCCGCAAGUCCUCCAACCCACCUUUACCACUACCUCCCAAGAGAAGGGCUCCCACGCAAGUACAGACGUGUGUGUGGGACGUGCCUAAGCCCUUUAGGAUAGUUCUUGUGAAAGGCAGCAAGGUGAACGCAGAGGAAACUGCCAAGGUGCAGGUUAGGGCGGGGCUCUUUCACGGUACAGAGCUUCUCUGCAAGCCGGCAGUUAGCAACGAGAGUAGCGGGCGCUCAGAGCACACGUGGAAAGACAACACACUGGAGUUUGAAAUCUCCGUUUGUGACCUGCCCCGCAUGACCCGCCUUUGUUUUGCCAUCUAUGCUGUGAUGGACAAGGUUAAGAAGCAAAAGUCCACCAAAAAUCCUCACAUCAACAAGUAUCAGACCAUCCGCAAGGCGGGGAAAGUGCACUACCCCAUAGCUUGGGUCAACACCAUGGUGUUUGACUAUAAAGGGCAGCUGAAGACUGGAGACAUCAUCCUGCACUGCUGGUCAUCAUUUCCUGAUGAACUUGAAGAGAUGCUGAACCCCAUAGGAACCAUUCAGACCAACCCAUACACUGAGAACGCUACAGCACUGCACAUCCACUUCCCAGAGUACUCUUCACACCCCAUCGUCUUCCCUCCUUUUGACAAGAUACUGGAAAAAGCUGCAGAGAUGGUCAGCGCUGACUGUGUGUCCAUUGGUCGUGGUGUUAAGAAAUUCUACAUGGAGCUGAAGGAGAUCAUGGAGCGUGACCCGGUCUCUCAGCUCUGUGAAAAUGAAAAGGAUCUGAUCUGGACACUACGACAAGAUUGUCGUGAGACUUUCCCCCAGUCGCUGCCCAAGCUGCUACUCUCUGUCAAGUGGAGCAAACAUGAGGACAUGGCCCAGCUCCAGGCACUGCUCCAGAUUUGGCCCAAACUGAGUCCUAGAGAUGCUCUGGAGCUGCUGGACUUCAACUAUCCUGACCAGUAUGUCAGAGAGUAUGCUGUGUGCUGUCUAAAGGACAUGAGUGAUGAGGAACUGUCACAGUACCUGCUACAGUUGGUGCAGGUGUUGCGUUACGAGCCCUAUUAUGACUGCGCCCUCACUCAUUUCCUGUUAGAGCGUGCUCAAAGAAACCGCCAGAUUGGACACUUCCUCUUCUGGCAUCUACGGUCAGAGAUCCACAUGCCAGCUGUUUCAGUCCAGUUUGCGCUAAUCCUAGAAGCCUAUUGUAGAAGCAACAUCCCUCAUAUUGAGGUUCUAAAGAAACAGGUGGAAGCCCUGAGUAAGCUAAAGUCAGUCAAUGAGCUGAUUAAAUUGGGGACCAUCAAGAACACUCGUAGUAAAACCAAGGAAGCAAUGUUGACCAAGGAGGCCAUGAUGACAUGUUUAAGACAGAGUGGAUACUCGGAGACACUUUCAGACCUUCACUCCCCUCUAAACCCCAGUGUCCUGCUAUCUGACAUCAAUGUGGAGAAGUGUCGGUAUAUGGACUCAAAGAUGAAGCCCCUCUGGAUUGUUUACAACAACAAGCUGCUGAGUGGAGACACCCUGGGAAUCAUCUUUAAGAAUGGAGACGACCUAAGACAAGACAUGUUGACCCUCCAGAUUUUGAGGUUAAUGGACCUUCUCUGGAAGGAGGCAAAUCUGGACCUCAGAAUUGUACCAUAUGGUUGCCUGGCAACAGGCGACCGCACCGGGCUGAUUGAGGUCGUCUCAUCUGCAGAAACAAUCGCCAACAUCCAGCUGACCAGCAGCAAUGUAGCAGCAGCUGCAGCAUUCAACAAGGAUGCUUUGCUUAACUGGCUCAAAGAGAGGAACUCUGGUGAUGCUCUUGACCGGGCCAUCGAGGAGUUCACUCUGUCAUGUGCAGGCUACUGUGUAGCCACUUAUGUCCUGGGUAUUGGAGAUCGCCACAGUGACAACAUCAUGGUCCGCAGCAAUGGACAGCUCUUUCACAUAGACUUCGGUCACAUCCUGGGCAACUUCAAGUCCAAGUUUGGCAUUAAAAGGGAGCGUGUACCAUUUAUCCUCACACACGACUUCAUCCACGUCAUACAACAGGGCAAGACUGGAAACACAGAAAAGUUUGGCAGUUUCCGACAGUACUGUGAGGAGGCCUAUCUUAUCUUGAGGAAGAACGGCAACCUCUUCAUCACACUGUUUGCCCUCAUGCUGACUGCUGGACUACCUGAGCUCACUUCAGUUAAAGACAUCCAGUACUUAAAGGACUCCCUGGCUCUGGGUAAAACUGAUGAGGAGGCCCUCAAGCAGUUCCGCCAGAAGUUUGAUGAAGCCCUGAGAGAGAGCUGGACAACUAAAGUCAACUGGAUGGCCCACAAUGUGGCCAAAGACAACCGGUCUUAGGGCAGCUGUAACCUUUCAAAGGCUAGGGGAGAGGUGCCAAGAGGACGCAGUGAGGGAACGUGAGAGUGUGAGGGAAGGGGCAGGAUGUGCCAAGGAGACAGGGUGACAGAGACCCUAAUUUAAAGAAGGGAAUCUAGCAGAAUAUCCAAAACUUGAGCAGAGUCGCCCCCCUCCUGUACUGUACAUACAGAAUAAAACCUGCCCCCUACAUUCUUCAGUUAAGCUACUCUGCAUCCUUACUUGCUGUAUCCCUCCUCGCCUUGCAUCACACUGGCACGGUACCCCGUGAGCCAUCUUCAUUCAUGGUCUUGUGACAUUUCAGUGGAAUCACGGUGGGUAAUGUCAUUGCAGAUUUUGCACAGGCACGAAAGCCGAUGGAGCACGCAGCCAAAGGAAGGGAACUGAAGCACCCACUGUGCCCACGCUAAACCUUCUCAGACAAAACUCCACAGAGUACAGGCUGAACUACUGGCUAACAAAAUAAAAUUUAGGAGUGGCUGAGUUAUGUCAGAUGGACUUGAAACUCUGCCUGAACAGACCCUGAUGGAGUGCAUAUUGUGCCCACACCCCUGAACUUGUUUUAAGUAGAGCUAAGAGAUGGGUGUAGAAAGGACAGAAUGAAAUAGACAAGAAAAAAAACCCAUCUGACUCUGUGUCUUAAAAUGGUGUGCACCACAGCCACAGGAAGUGCAUCUUAACACUCGCUUCCCGUCUCAGUGUGCCUAAAAGAAAAUUCAGGAAGAUUGUAUCAUUUCGGACAUUUCUUUUUCCUCUGCCAUUUAAGAAUGUAUCCCAGGAUGUGGAUGUGCCAGAGUACAAGUCCACAAAGUCAACUUGUGAGGGAAAUGAUGAAAGAGAAGGACUGAUGCGAGAGAUGCUCUGAGCCUACUGGUCCACUGUCUGAAUCUCACUUCACUUGGACCAUUGAACACUGGAAUGUUUAUAGAGAGGCAUAUAUAAGAAAUUUUAAAUAGUCUUUUAAUAAACUAAACAGUUUAUUCUGGUUUAUUUUAUUCUGAAUUGACAAUGCGCGUCGUCUCUUUGUCAAAUCAAAAGCAUUGUUGGCCAAAGUGUUAUCGCCUGCCAGUUACCACUACCCCAGAUUGUCCUCCUUUUUAAAGAAUUCAACGCAUUACAGCCACCAAGUACACUGAGAAAUAACUGAUGCUUUUAACAUGGUAGGACCAAAACAGAAAAAAUGUUUAGCAGUUUCUUUUUCUUUUCUUUCUUUUUUUUCUACUGUAUUUUUAACAGUCUGUUUCCAUCGAAUGUGCAGAUAUGUGCCGCUCUAUUUAAGUGUAUUUAGCCCCUUUCAGACAUGGGAUGAGUAACAUUACUGACUUCCUUGUCAGUGAGACAAGCUGCAUGGUACUGCUGAGUGAGCUGCCCCCACCCCUCCCACACAGGCUCCAGUGAGGAAGAUGUGUCUUCUGGACCAGCAAAGAUGAAAAUCAUCAUUUAAGGGCAUUCUCUACUGACGGAGCAACUCACAAGGAUGCUUAAAAGACGGGCCCAGUCAUGUCAUGUGACUGAAGUGUUAAAAAUGAUACAAAAAUGCUUCUGGUGAGACUGAUAUCUCAACCUUUCCAGUAAAGUGAGCAGACAUGACAGUGGCCUGUUCAGGUCCCCACAGGUUAAUUGAAAGGAGUGCAUUUCUGAAAGGGGUUUUUGUCCUCAUACAAGCAGAUGUGGGCGGAGUCUGGACCUGUGUGGGUGGGAUUUAUCAGUAGGGACAUUACACUGCAAUGUAAAGCUAUUUACUUGUUUCAACAUAUGGUGCUCUACCAGCAUCUGCGUCUGUGUUGUUUUUUUUGUUUUGUUUUGUUUUUGUUUUUGUUUUGGUUUGGUUUUUUUGGUGCAAUAUCCCAGUAUAUGAACCAUAUCUAAUCAUAUGAAACAUUGGUCCCGGGGCCAAGCCUGUAAUGGUUUUGCCUGCUGAUUUAUGUGUGAUGCAGCUGCAUUUUGCACUACCUGCCUUCAGAAGUCUCAGACACUGGAUAUUGUCAAAUGUACAGGCUUUUAAUGUUUUGCUGGUUUCUGUUUUCAUAGGAGUUUUAUUAAAUUUAUUUUCCA